AGAGUUGAAAAGCAGCAGAAGAAAUUAAUAGUUAGAAGCUGAAGAUGUUAAUCCCAGUUCGUUGCUUUACCUGCGGCAAGGUGAUCGGAAAUAGAUGGGAAAGUUAUCUUGAUUUGCUUCGAGAUGAUAAUGGUCUUGAUGAAAGCGGUGUUUUGGAUCGUCUAGGAUUAGUCCGUUAUUGUUGUAGGCAAAUGCUCAUCACGACAGUCAAUUUCAUUGAGAGGCUUCUUGAGUACAAUCCUAAUUUCUUUAUGAAUGAUGAAAAUGAUGAACAAGAAGAGAAGUGACACAAUGGAGGAUAUUGUGUGGAGUGUACAAGAAAGCAUACAGAUUUCUGUUUUUAUUUUUUAUUUUUUUUAUAUUACGGAAAAUUUGCAAAAAUUCAGUUGUGUUGUGAUCGAU